AGAAUAUACACCCGGAUAUGCAACCCCUUCUUUCAAAGCUCGGUGGCGAUGAAGCUCAGCUCCUUCCCGUAGAAAAAACCCUGAAUCUCCUACAUAACGGCCACAACCCACAAAAUUUGUUUCUCCGUCCGAGAGAGAAAUGGGGAGAGGAAAGUUCCAGCUGAAACGUAUCGAGAACAAGAGCAAUCGGCAGGUGACUUUCUCAAAGCGACGAAACGGAAUGAUGAAGAAAGCUCACGAACUAUCCAUUCUGUGUGACGUUGAUCUUGCUCUGAUCAUCUUCUCCGCCAGAGGCAGGCUUUACGAAUUCUGUAGUGGCAAUAGCUUGAGAAACAUUAUCGAGUCUUACCUACAGAUAAGUCGUGAUGCAGAAGCAAAUGUUGGCAGCAGCUCUCAUGAAGCCAAGCAGAAGCGUUAUCCAGUUCAAUGGGCAGGAGCUGACCUACUUAAAAUAGUUGAAAGUCAGGUUGAAGGGCCACGCAUCGAGCAACUAAGGUUGUCAGAGCUCAGCCAACUAGAGCAAAAACUGGAUGGCAUGCUGAGACAAACUAGGCGACGGAAGACACAGCUGAUGAUGGAAGCCAUAGCAUGCCUCCAAGAAAAGGUAAAGAAGCUGAACGAACAAAAACAGCAAAUGGAGAAGAUGAUUGCAGCAGCAGAGAGUAAAGACGCCCUCCAGCAUGAGGACCUGGUGAUGGAACAAGCCGGUAACAACAGCAAGCCCCCUCCCCAGAAUGUUGUGCUGCAGUUGCUUUGAUUCAAUGCUAGCGACAAGCUUGACACGUGGCAAUUGAUAAUAAACCGUUCCACACAAGUGCCAGCUGUGGUAUGUCUCAGCUAUCUAGUUCUAAUCUUGAAGUGGACUUCUCUGUAAGCUUAGGUUGGGGAGAUAAUUCUAUAGUAUUUGUUUGUGGCUGGAGGAUAGUACAGAAAGUAAUGGGACAUCCACCGCCUAAUUGUAUCUUUGGUCUUAUGACUCCUUGUGAUGACCAAGUCUAUAAUAAUUAGAAAACCCUUUCCUAGC